GAUUCACUCAGCUUCCGCAUCGCUCUCCCUUCUCCAUAUCUGUGUCUCUAUCCCUCCCUGCGCUCUCUCCGCCGGUGGAUUUUAGCCCACUGCUGUGUUGAACACCGCCAAAAUGUCCGACAAGCCCGACAUGACUGAGAUCGCCAGUUUCGACAAGGCAAAGCUGAAGAAGACGGAGACGAAAGAAAAGAACCCUCUGCCCACCAAAGAGACCAUCGAGCAAGAGAGGAAAGGCGAUGCCACACCUUGACUUCUGAGCACGUGAAGAGAAGACGCUGAGAUG